AUGGCUAAUGGAGAAAGCAAACGUGAUCCUAUAUGGGAACAUGGUUUUCCAAUUGAAGGUAAUAAAAGUGGAACAAUAUGCAAAUAUUAUAAUCGAGUGAUGAAGAGUGGUGAAAUAACACGAUUAAAAUACCACCUUAGUGGUAUUGAUCCUUCACACAAUGUACAACCUUGUGGUCAAGUGCCCCCUGAAGUUAAAAAAUUCAUAAUAGAUUUGUUAAAAGGAAAACAACAACGUAAGAUCAAAAAAGCAAAUAGAAUGGAAGAGAUUCGUGCAGAUUUACGAGGACAAAUGCAUGCUGAAACAUAUGAUGUGAAUGAUGAGGAUGAUGAUGACAUAGCAUAUCCACCUGGGAUGGAUCUAUAUGAGAAAAAUGAUUAUCGAGAGGCAAUUCCAAAUAAAGCAUCAUCCCAUCAUUUCAAGAAUUUGGUAGCAGGAUGCCAACAAGCAGGGCCAGGUAUAGAACCUCCAACCCUUUAUGAGAUCAACACAAAAUAUUUGGAUAUGGAGUAUGAGGAGAUAAAAGACCAUGUAAACAAAAUGAAAGCGAAGUGGGAAACCUAUGGUUGUACAAUCAUGUGUGAUGGAUGGAAUGGUCCUACCAGGAUGUCUAUUAUUAAUUUCAUGGUUUACUCAAAAGAAAGCACAGUUUUUCUAAAAUCUAUUGAUGCUUCAAAUCAAAUAAAGGAUCAUAAAUACAUAUAUGAGCAAUUGAAGAAAAUAAUUCUGAAAGUUGGGAAGAAAAAUGUGGUACAAGUUGUAACAGAUAAUGGCUCUACAUUUGUUAAAGCUGGGAAGAAAUUGAUGGGAGAUUACAAUUUGUACUGGACUCCAUGUGCAGCACAUUGCAUUGAUCUCAUGUUUGAAGAUAUUGGGAAGAAUGAGAAUGUGGCUAUUGUCAUCAAGCAGGUUAGAGCAAUCACAACUUACAUCUACAAUCAUAAUUGGUUGCUAGCAAAGAUGCGUGAAACUUGCAAAGGUGACAUCAUUCGUCUGGGACUUACACGAUUUGCCACAAACUAUCUUGCACUUGAUAGCUUGGUUAAAAAGAAAGCAGGACUUAAGCAACUAUUCACAUCUACUGAUUGGACUAAUCAUAAUUAUAGUGCUUCAAAAGAAGGCCAAACAGUGGAAAAUAUAGUACUUAAUCAUACUUUUUAG